UUGAAUUAUUUUGUCGCCAGCGUCGUGUGCGGUUCGUUGUUGUCAUCAGUGUUGUAUUUUAUGCUUUCAUGGUGCUCGUCCUGUGCCAUGUUUCGUUGUUUGGUCUUGCUCAGGGUUUAUUUUUUGUUUCCCGGCAACCACGCCUUGCCACUUAGUUGGUGUGGAUCUGUCAGCCAGCCAGCGUGGGAAGUUGUCGAAAAAAAACAAAACUCUGCGUCGCCUGUUUCGCCGGAAUGCUUGAGAUGCCGCGAGAUGUGCAGAGCGGCGCAGCUAGAGGCCGUCGCGUCGAUGUAGGACGCACGGUUAACGGUAACAACGGACAUGCAAGGGGCAGUCGGAUGCACCUUCCGUUUAGUAUACAACGGGAAGAUGCUGGAUUGCUGAGUUUAAGCGCUUGAGGGCAAGUCGGAUGCACCUUGCGUGUAGUAUAUAGAGGGGAACGAUGCUGGAUUGCUGGGUCUGAGCUCUGGAAUCGGAGUUUUGCGUGCAUUCAUAUUUUGCUCCCAGGGUGAUGGCACGACUAGGAGACACCUGAUUUUCUUCUGUUGACACUUACUUGCAUAUACAUCUCC